AUGAGUGCAUUUAAUACCCCCGGAAUCUGGCAUCGAACUAAGAAGCCGACCCUGCAAUCGGCUUCCCUGGAGUACUAUGACCUUGGUAACUUCCAUCGCACGGUCAGCACCAUUAGCAAGGAUGCCCAGACCUGGUUCGACCGUGGCCUCGUCUGGGCCUACUCCUUUAACCACCAAGAAUCGGUGCGUUGCUUUGAACAGGCCGUGAUUGCAGAUCCCACGUGCUCCAUGGCGUACUGGGGUAUUGCCCUGUCUCUGGGUCCGAAUUAUAACAAACCGUGGAAGCUCUUUGACGGGGAGGAUCUCUCAACUACCACAACCCGCGCCCACAGUGCAGUGGUGGAAGCGAAGAAGUAUGCAGCUACAGCAACUCCUGUGGAGCAGGCUCUGGUUAAUGCACUGCAACACCGCUACCCGCAGAAUGAGCCUGUUAAUGAUUGUGCGGAGUGGAAUCACCGAUACGCCGCGGCCAUGGAAUCCGUGUAUCAGGCCUUCCCGGAUGACCUUGACGUCGUCACGCUUCAUGCCGAUGCCCUUAUGAACUUGAAACCGUGGAGCCUAUGGGAUCUUGAGACCGGCCAACCUAGCCCCGGUGCCCGAACCAUCGAGGUGAAAGCAGCGCUCGACAACGCCUUGACCCAAGAAAAUGCAUUUCGGCACCCGGGCCUCUUGCACUUGUAUAUCCAUCUCAUGGAAAUGUCUCCAACUCCCGAGAUUGCACUCCCGGUAGCAGACCACCUACGAGGGCUGGUCCCAGAUGCAGGCCACCUCGAGCAUAUGCCAACCCAUCUAGACAUUCUAUGCGGCGACUACCGCCGUGCAAUAGCAUCCAACACCUCCGCCAUCCGCGCGGACGAGAAAUUCCUCAAGAACCAAGAGCUGGGCCAUUUCUACAAUCUCUACCGCUCGCACGACUACCACUUCCGAAUGUAUGCCGCUAUGUUGGGCGGCCAGUCGAAGAUUGCUAUCGACACUGGAACGCAACUGGCAGAUUCCAUCACCGAGGACCUCCUCCGCGUGGAAUCGCCCCCUAUGGCUGAUUGGCUUGAGGGAUUCAUUGCAACGCGCGUACAUGCCCUCAUCCGCUUCGGUCGCUGGGAAGAUAUCAUUGCGCUGGAGCUUCCGACGGACCGCAACCUCUAUUGUACUACUACUGCCAUGACUCACUAUGCCAAAGGCGUCGCUUAUGCCGCUACGGGCCGUGUCGUUGAAGCGAAGAAAGAGCAAAGCGAGUUCCAGUCAGCCGUGAAACUCGUCCCCUCAUCUCGAACCGUUUUCAACAAUACCUGCGUGGACAUACUCUGCGUUGCAGAGGCAAUGUUGGAUGGCGAGAUCGCUUAUCGAUGUGGAGACUACGACGUUGCCUUUGCUCAUCUGCGGACUGCAGUGGAUCGAGAUGAUAACUUGCCCUAUGAUGAACCUUGGGGCUGGAUGCAGCCUGCAAGACAUGCACUGGGUGCGCUACUGCUGGAACAGGGACGUGUCGAGGAGUCGAUGGAGAUUUACGCUGCUGAUCUUGGGAUCGAUGAGUCGUUGCCUCGUGCGUUGAGACAUAUUGGUAAUGUUUGGGCUCUACAUGGCUAUCAUGAGUGUCUUGUGAAAUUGGGUAAAAAUGGUGAAGCACGGGUUUUGGCGACGCAGUUGAGACUUGCGUUGGCCAUGGCGGAUGUACCUAUUCGGUCGUCUUGUUUGUGUCGAGUUGAGACCGAACGCUAG